CCGGGGGCUCUGUAGAGAAAGACGGAGAGCACACGACUAGCUAGCUGCCCAUGCUCCGUAGUUGAGUUGUAGCGGUGCUGUCGGAAGGAAAUGGGAGAGUGGCCAGCAGCAUAAGGAAAAGUUGCUGGCCAAACCAAACACCAAACGGCACUUACUCAGUAGUUAGUUGGACACAGCCUGUUACCAACAGCGCCCUACUACCAUGAUGGAAGAAGGAUCGCACGAAUCGAGGACGAUUGAAAAUCCCUUCGUAAAGCCCGAGAAUCAGAGAUGGAGUGUCUCCUUGCACCGAUCCCUCGUUCGAAGCGUUUCACCUCCGCCGGCCAGGGCCAGGAAACGCCGUCGUGAAGGCCAACCCCCCCGUAGGGUCGCCGACGGACAUGAUACGAAGCCCGAAGAUCAGCCACAGGGCGAGCUGAAGGUCGAUAUCGCGGCUAUCGAGGCUGGAAAAGAGGAUGUUGAAGAUCACCUCGAGAUAUUCUCCGCGCGCCUCCGGGCUUCAACGCGGCCUGAGCUGCCGCAGGUCCCUCGGCUGGCUCAUUCAGCGUGGAGGGACCUCUAUCAGAGGAACCAGCAUGAAGACGGCAGGCACUUCGUCGUCCAUCAGCAUGAUCAUCCCAUUGCUGGGCCUCACUAUGAUCUCAGGCUGCAGUUUUCACGGACCAGUUCGUUGAGCUUUGCCAUCAUGUAUGGCCUGCCAGGGAAUCCAAACAGCAAGCGACUGAGUAGAAAUGCUACCGAGACAAGAGUGCACAACGUAUGGAAUCACUUGAUUGAAUCAGCGUCUGCUGCAUCGGGCAGCAUGAUAAUCUGGGAUACUGGCGAGUACUCCGUGCUUCCAUAUUACGGCAGUGAUGCUCUACAAACAGACAAAUCCGAUGCAAGCUUUUCUACAGAGGAGCAGCCUACAGAAAGUGAAAAGCUCCGAAGAGCAUUCCGUCAGCGGAAAAUUCGGCUAAGACUACACGGCACGCGACUGCCACCUAACUAUACGGUAACUCUUCGACUUACACGGGACAAUGAUACAUCAGGACAGCCGAAAACCCAGUCAAAAAGAAGAAGAAGAAGAGCAGGUAGACAAGUGGAUAUCAGGAAGAGACCCGACCUGACUUCUUCAGACAGCGAAGAGCACGAGGAGAGGCCAUCUUCAGAUCAACCUUCAUCAAAUAUCUCACCCUCGCAUUCUGACCAGGAAGACGAAACCAUACGCCAGACAAACGCGUAUAGAGGGGCGACGAAUUCAAUCUCUUCCAUCCACCAGCGGACUUGGUACUUGACCUUGGACCGUGUCAAUUCGGGAUUUGAUAGGCGUGUGGACAGCACCCAAGCAUUGCACCGGACCAAAAAAGAAGAAACGAGCCCCGGAAACGGAGCCAGUUCCCUGGGAUUCGAGCCGUUCUUCGUCCGGGGACCAGACUUUGAGCGAAGUGUACUCACCGGAAGACUGGGCAGCGACGUUCUUAAUGAUGAGGCUGUUGUUGGCUUUCGCGGGAGGAAAGGAUGGCGCCCCAUUCUCGAAUAA